AUGAGUAAAAAGCUAAUUAAUUUCGUAUUUCAGGUACUGACUGCAUCAGUGAUGUUAUGCAAUAUUCUCGGCGCUCUUUGUAUUGUGCUUAAUUUUUUUAUCAUUAUAAUGCUAAUCAGAAAUCGCAACAAAGUUUUAUCCAACGUUUUCUAUGUAAUUGUACUACACUGCGCUAUAGUUGAUCUUAUUCGAGGAUGCUGCCUUAUGGCAUGGGGUUUACCCCAUUUAUUAAUGAAUAAGAAGCCUACGAUGAACGAUCGUCUACUUGCUCUUAAGGUAGCUGUUGUUCUGCAAGAGAGAUAUCGAAUAUCAAUUCAGAUAAACCAAUUUGCUUUGGUGAUUUUACGGUCAUGCAAUUUGUUAACAAUAUUUAACCUGCUUGUUUUCACGACGAAUGAAUUUCUGGUGAUACAGCAUCCACUUUAUUACCGAAGGAAUUUCAGGCGACGAGCAGUAUUAAUUUUAUUUCUUGCCAGUUGGUUGGUAAGUCUUACUUUCGGAAUCGGAUCGGUUUUCUCAAAUUUUUUUGAGUCUGCUCAUUCAGUUCUGGUAUUUAAUAAUGAUACUUCAAUUGAUUAUCGAAAUGGGACAAUAGGUAAAUUUUUUUGCAUAUCUUGGACAGAGAUGAAUACAAAGGUAAUAAAUUUGUAUGCGUACAAUCCUUUUAUUAAAAUAGCUCAAUAUUUUUUAUUAUUUUCGCUUUUUUAA